AUGCCCCAACCCUCAUCGCAAGGAUCUGCCUCGUCUCCACCGGAUCGGAAGCGGAAACAGCCCACGAUCGCUAGCUUUUUCGGGAAGAAGCCGUCUUCGUCGCAGCAAUCGCCGAGUGGCGCGGGUAGCCAACCGCAACCGAAACCGAAAGAGAGAGGGGAUUCUCGAGGGGAUAAGGAGAAUAAGGAUCGAGUGAUUAAAGAGAAGGAGGAUGAGGACGAGGAAGUAGUGGCACCGGCGCCGAAGCGGGCAAGGGUUAAUGGGAGUCAGGACUCGGGCCGGAAAGCGUCAACUGCAGCUGCAGAGGAACAGGAUCCGGUGGCUGAUGCAAGUCAAAAGACGGAUUUGUCCAAGUUUACGAGUUCACCUGCUGUUGAUUCUGCGGAGAAGACACAAACCGACGAUCCGGAUGCUAAAAGACGACAGAAAGAGAAGGAAAAGCUACACCACAAAUUCGUCAAGAGACUCGGCGGCGCAGAUUGUCUAAUCGGAAUCGGAAGUGACGCAACCAAAGAUACCACCGGAGGCACCGAAGACGCCGCCGAAGCUGAAGACGACGAGGAACCCGCGAAACCGGCACCUAAAGGGAAAGCGACGAAGAAGGGCGGGAGCAAACUGACGCCGUUGGAGAAGCAGGUUAUUGAUGUUAAGAGGCAGCAUAUGGAUACGAUAUUGGUGGUGGAGGUUGGGUAUAAGUUUCGGUUUUUUGGGGAAGAUGCGCGGGUUGCGGCGAGGGAGUUGAGUAUUGUUUGUAUUCCGGGGAAGAUGAGAUAUGAUGAGCACCCCUCCGAAGCACAUAUCGACCGUUUCGCAUCCGCGAGUAUCCCCGUCUAUCGACUGCAUGUACACGUGAAGCGUCUCAUUACGGCAGGAUACAAAGUUGGCGUGGUUCGACAGAUGGAAACGGCUGCGCUGAAAGCAGCUGGCGACAACCGCAAUGCACCAUUUGGCCGCAAGCUUACCAGCCUCUACACCAAGGGUACUUAUAUCGAUGAUGUGGAGGGAAUGGAGGGUCCUGCUCCUGCGGUUUCGGAGGGGUCACCUGCAACGGGAUACCUGCUUUGCAUUACGGAGACAAAUGCGAAGGGCUGGGGGAAUGAUGAGAAGGUGCAUGUUGGUAUAGUGGCUGUCCAGCCGGCUACCGGGGAUGUGAUUUACGAUGACUUUGAAGAUGGGUUCAUGCGGAGUGAGAUUGAGACAAGGUUACUUCAUAUUGCACCUUGCGAGCUUCUUAUCGUGGGCGAACUCUCAAAAGCCACUGAAAAGCUGGUUCAGCAUCUCUCCGGCAGCAAGUUGAACGUCUUUGGCGACAAAGUCCGUGUCGAAAGGACCGAGAAGAAGAAAACUGCAGCUGCAGAAUCCCACAGCCACGUCUCAAGCUUCUACGCCGAGAAAAUGAAGUCCAGCAACGCCGCAGACGACGCGCAAGCAAGCAACCUCCUCCAAAAAGUCCUCAGCCUCCCCGAACAAGUCACCAUCUGUCUGUCCGCAAUGAUCUCGCACAUGACCGACUACGGCCUCGAACAUGUCUUCGAACUGACAAAAUACUUCCAACAUUUCUCUGCGCGCUCACACAUGCUUCUUAACGGAAAUACACUAGUCAGUCUGGAGAUCUACCAGAACCAGACUGACCAUUCUGCCAAGGGGAGUCUAUUCUGGACGCUGGACCGCACGCAUACGCGGUUCGGACAGAGGAUGCUGCGGAAGUGGGUGGGACGGCCGUUGCUGGAUAAGGAGAAGCUUGAGAAGAGGAUUAAUGCAGUGGAGGAGUUGAUGAGUUCUGAGAGGACGGGUUCGGUGGAGAGAGUUAAGGGGUUGUUGGGGAAGAUUAGGAGUGAUCUUGAGAGGAGUUUGAUUCGGAUUUAUUAUGGGAAGUGCACUCGACCGGAACUCCUCACUGUUCUGCAGACGAUGCAGAUGAUUGCGCAGGAGUUUUCUGAUAUCAAGUCGCCGGCUGAUACCGGGUUCAAGUCUUCUGUUGUCGGCGAAGCUCUGGCAUCGUUACCGACUAUUCUGGAAGAUGUGGUAUUCUUCCUGAACAAGAUCAACAUGCACGCGGCCAAAAGUGACGACAAAUACGCCUUCUUUCGUGAGUCUGAAGAAACAGAAGAAAUCAGCGAAGAGAAGCUGGGCAUAGCCAGCGUCGAGCACGACCUAUCAGAGCACCGUACCGUUGCUGGUGAAACGAUAGGCAAAAAGAAGGUCGACUACGCCGCUGUAGCUGGCAUCGAAUACCUCAUCGAAGUCGAAAACACCUCCUCGAACAUCAAAAACGUACCAGCCUCAUGGGUCAAAGUCAGCGGCACCAAGAAAGUCUCACGCUUCCACACGCCCGAAGUAAUCCAACUCCUCCGCCAACGCGACCAACACAAAGAAGCACUAGCAGCAGCCUGCGACAAAGCAUACAUUUCCCUCCUCGCAGAGAUAUCUACACACUACCAAUCCUUCCGUGACAGCGUCCAAUCCCUCGCAACACUAGACUGCCUCAUCUCCCUCGCCACAAUCGCCAACCAACCGGGCUACUCGAAACCCGAAUACACAGACGAAACAUGCAUCCGCGUCGAACAAGGCCGUCACCCCAUGGUCGAACAAUUACUCCUAGACACAUACGUCCCCAACGACAUCGACAUGGCCUCUGACAAAACCCGCGCCUUACUAGUCACAGGGCCAAACAUGGGUGGUAAAUCAAGCUACGUCCGCCAAAUAGCACUAAUCGCCAUCAUGGGCCAAAUAGGCUCGUAUGUCCCCGCGCAGUCCGCAAAACUGGGCAUGCUCGACGCCGUAUACACGCGCAUGGGCGCGUUCGAUAACAUGCUCGCCGGCGAGUCAACGUUCAUGGUUGAAUUAUCCGAAACAGCAGAUAUUCUCAAACAAGCGACCCCGCGAUCACUAGUUAUCCUUGAUGAAUUGGGUCGAGGAACAUCCACGCACGACGGUGUUGCUAUUGCACAGGCUGUGCUGGAUUACAUGGUCCGCUCUCUUCGCAGCCUUACACUCUUCAUCACGCAUUACCAACAUCUAUCGAAUAUGGUGCAUUCCUUCCGCGACCAUGAACUCCGUAACGUGCACAUGCGUUUCACGGAGUCCGGGACGAACACGGAAGAAGAGGAAAUAACCUUCCUUUACGAGGUGGGUGAGGGCGUCGCGCAUCGGAGUUACGGGUUGAAUGUUGCGCGUUUAGCGAACCUCCCUGCUCCGCUGCUGGAUCUGGCGAAGAGGAAGAGCGCGGAGUUGGAGGAGAAGAUUCGGCGGAAGAGGUUGGGGGGCUUAGUGAAUGCUGUUGGGGAGGUUAUGACGGAGGAUGGGAGUGAUGGGUUGAUUGAGAGGUUGGUUGGUAGUGCGGAGCAGUUGUAA